AUGAAGACGCCAGAGGAGAUACAAGCGGAGGAGGUGGCUCGUCUACUAGACCCGCGGCGGCUGACGCUGCUGAUAGCGGGCAUGGCGACAUUGGUGGCCAGCAACCUGUGUGUGAACCUCAUAGGGCGCCACACGCGCGAGUGGACCAAGCCAAGGGAGCAGCGUGCCAUCAUGGUGCUUGUUGGGCUGGCGCCUGUUGUUGCUCUUGACUCCUACUUUGGACUGGCGGAGAUGGCAGGGUAUGAGUGGCAGGUGGCGCUGCUACACCUCCUCAAGGACUGCUAUGUUGCAUAUGGCGUGUCGGAGUUCCUAGCUCUGCUCUCAGCUUUGCUCAAAGUGCCUCCCCGGCCCUCCGCCCCUCUCCCUCACACGUCCUCUCACCGCCGCAUGCUGCAGCACUCCUUCCCCUUCUCUCUUUUCCUGCGGCCCGAACCGCUCGUUGCCGUGUGCGCGGAUCUCCUCCAGAUCGGGGCGCGCCUCGCAAUGCGCCGCGCCCUGUGCGCGGAUCUCCAGAAAGCUCGCUACACGGCUCGCAAUGCCUCGCGGCGCCGUGUGCUCGUGUUGCGGCUCGUGGCGAUCGCCAUUGCAGCCGUGGUCCUAGGCCUACUUACUUUCCUCCUUGACCCCCCCGCGCUCACCCCCGUGCUCCCCCCUGUGCUCCCCACUAUGCUCCCCACUGUGCUCCCCACUGUGCUCCCCACUGUGCUCCCCACUGUGCUCCCCCCUGUGCUCCCCCCUGUGCUCCCCACUGUGCUCCCCCCUGUGCUCCCCACUGUGCUCCCCCCUGUGCUCCCUCUUUCCGUAUGCUCUCUUGCCCCACGUUGCCUGCAUGCUGCAGCAGGUGGAGUAGGAGGAGGAGCAAGUGGGGCGUUGGGGGGGAAGAGACAGCUGCAGUACCAGCAGCAGCGGCAGCAGCAAGAGCAGCAGCAGCAGCACAAGGAGCAAGGGUGGAUGGAUGGGUGGGAUGUGGAAGGGUGCUGCGUGGGAGACAUGGCAGCACCUGGGAAGGACACGGCAGCCGCCAUUAUCCCAUGCAGUGAGUUUGCGUGUCGCUGA